AUGGACGCACUCCCCGUAAACAACAAAACAGCCGGCGAAGCAGAAAGCACGUAUAAUAAAACACUCGAAACAGGUGCUGGAGCGACUCAGAAUUUUGCGCCUGUAAAGCGCGUCUGCGCCCAUCUUAAUGCGUUCCACGCGUAUGCCGACGAUCCCAAGCGUGCUGCCGUGGAGGCAAAUCACUACUGUGCGCAUGUCAAUGAAGAAGUGCGGCAGUGUAUUCUUUACGACUCGGCUGAGGCAGGGGCUCGUAUUAUUGGUAUUGAAUACAUGAUUUCGCCCAAACUCUACGACACCCUUCCGGCCUCGGAGCAGAAACUCUGGCACUCGCACGUCUUUGAAGUGAAAUCCGGUAUGCUAAUCAUGCCGCGCCCCUCGUCCAUCCCGGAAGCCGCCUGGGAACUAGCCGAGAACCGGGAGAUGGAAGAAGUGAUCCAACUGUACGGCAAGAUCUACCACUUAUGGCAGACGGAUCGAGGCGAUAAGUUGCCCUUGGGUCCCCCGCAGCUUAUGACGAGUUAUACGGCCGAAGACCAGAUGCCGGAUUUUGAGGAGAGGAUGAAGGAGAGGGAUCAGAGGUUUGAGAGUGAUUAUACGAGGAAGAGGGGGGUCAGGGAGUAUAUCGAGGUGCCGCAGAUUCAUGAGAAUGCGGAUGCGACGUGGGCGAAGGGCGGGAUGGGACAUUGA